AUGAGUUUCCCGCCGCCAGGACCGAACCAAGGCUACUGCGAGCUCUCCGCGCUAGACGCAGGCCAGAUCUACAUGUCUCUUCUCCAGCUCAUUGAUACCGCCGCGCCCGACGACGUCGCCGACCUCCCCGUGCUCGCCUUCCUCCUCAAACACGUCCCCUCCGGCACCUACAUCCUCUUCGACCUCGGGAUCCGCCCCGACGUCGCCGCGCUCCCGAUAGGGCUGCGCACCUUCUGCGACAGCAUCCAGUGCAAGUUCACCGGCGUCGACAUCCCCGCCGCCCUCCGCCGCGGCGGGCUCGACCCCGGCGCGGUGCAGCACAUCGUGCUCUCCCACGUCCACUUCGACCACGCGGGCGACACCACCCGCUUCCCGAACGCGACCAUCCACCUCGGCGGCGCCGCGGUCCCGCUCCUCGCGGAGCUCGCCGCGAAAGGCCCGGGCGAGGCCACGUUCGUGGCGUGCGACCUGCCUCCCGCGCCGCGCACGAACUUACUCCCCCAGGGCGAGGGAGAGGGCGGGACGUGGGCGCCGCUCGGGCCGUUCCCGCGCGCGCACGACCUCCUCGGGGACGGGAGCGUGUACGUCGUCGACGCGCCGGGGCACGUCCCGGGGCACGUCGCGCUCGUCGCGCGCACGUCUGCGGACGGCGCGUGGGCGUUCCUCGCGGGCGACAGCGCGCACGACUGGCGGAUCGUCACGGGCGAGGCGGGGAUCGGGCACCACCCGGCGUUGCCGUGCAUGCACGCGGACGAGGCGGCGUCGAACGCGAACAUCGCGCGGAUCCGCACGCUGACGAAGAUGGAGAGGGUGCGGGUGCUGCUGGCGCACGACCUGCCGUUCGUGCGGAAGGAGAAGGAGACGGGGAUGAAGUCGUAUUGGCCGGGUAAGAUUGAGUCGCUGUAA